GUCCAGUCACUCAGUGGUGAUUUGGCAUCACAUGAUCCCGAUUCCUGACCGGCAGCGCGCUCCACGACGUUUGGCGAGCGAGCGACGUCCACGCACAGCCGCCGCGCAUCUGUCCUUCCCUGCGAGAACCCAAGUCGAUGUCGUCUUGGCGAGCACGCACAGUAGCAUUCGCCAGCCAGUCGUCCUUUGUGGCACGGGGGCGUGUUCCCGGGUCACGCUCCACAGCGGUCGUCCGUCCCCGCAAGGUCUGCCUGCAGACAUAAUUACUGUACUCCAGGAUGGAGUGGGCAUCAUGCGGAGCAUGGCCCAACCGGCUCACACGUUUCAUCAGUCAUCGGCGGGUUUCUUUCGUUUUAUGACAGGUCCAGCUCAACGGCUUGCGAGGCUUGCUUCGCCUGGGCUGGCUGGUCCACUUUUGCUGGCACUCGAUGCGCUCGUCAUACCUCGAAGAUCAGCCUGGACUGUCCAGCUGCCGAUCGGCAUCAACCUUGGAACGAGCCGCUUCGCCUCCAUCGAGGAGCUCUACAUACGACGAGGAAGCGGGAUGGGCAAGAGCUGCUGACGGGAAAAGGAGGGGCUGGGAGGCGUGCUGAUCGUCCCGAGGAGGCAGCUCGGCAGGCGGUUGGAUGAUCAGGCGGCUCCUGGCUGGGAGAGUGUGCAUCGCCAUGCGCUGACUCCUACGCUCGCUACGUAUCUCGAUGGGCGCGACGAGGGUCUUCUGGCUGGAACAUGGUUCAUGGCAGCGUGCUGUGAUAUGACCCAUGCAACC